AUGGAUCCGAGCUUGGAGCAAUUGGACGCCGACGCUAGAGCGGCAGCCGCGGCAGCAGCCCAGGCAGAGGUAGCCAGGGCAGCAGCUCAGGCAGAAGCAGAUGCCAGAGAAAAAGCAGAAAAAGCAGCUGAGAAUGCUGCGACUCUGGCAGGCAUUCUCAAAGCGAUUAAGGACUCUAGCGACAAAAUUGACAGAAUGGAACUGAAGCUAGACACUGUCACUUCAUCAUUAGAUAGCUUAAGUGUUAGGGCAGACAAAACAGAGGAAAAACUCAAGAAGCAGAAAGAUUUUUUCUCAGGCCCUGGUCUGAUAGAUGAACAUAAAGACGACUUAAAGUCUCUCAUCCUGGGCACCAUGUUGGAAAAUAAAGAUCAACUAUCGAUGGUAUCCGCCGAUGACCUCGGCAAAGUCACCCAACAGCUCACUACUACUGAUGGGAGGUUGGCCAAGCUCCAGAGCAAGUACGAUCAGAUACAGACUUCAGCCUCCUCACCUCAGACUCCAGCAUCUAGUGCAGGUUCAAUGGAAGACAAUGAUCCGAAUGCUUACAGCGGCAGUUCAUUUCCUAGGCACCUCAUAUUCUUUGAAGGCAAAGCUGCUGACAAUGACAUUUUGCGUCUUUGGCAGGAGAAAUCAGUCUCAUUCCCGUACUUUGAAGACCUGCUGCUUCCCUGGGAAGGCUACCUGUAUGGUAUAGAAUUCAUUACAUUGUACCAUGAGAGAGCAGUAAGCUACCUCAUGGAGACCCCACAAUACCAAACAGAAGGCGGUCGGACAGGUGAACUCCUGUACACCAAGUUUUCAGUCUACGAGUUAGGAAAAACAGCAGUAGCUGCACUCAAGAUGAUCCAAGAUCAGCUUCUUGGCAUAAGGGAUCCAAAUGAUGAAAACCUGUACAAAUAUAGGAGAGAUCCAUGGAAAGAUGUCCGAUCUGGACGAGUCGACUAUGGCAGGUACAUGACCCGCUCUCUUCACCUACACAAUGUGCUAAGUGCAGCCAUUGCUCUUCUCAAAUUCUACAGAGGAGAUGAGACUAACUUAACCUCUACUAAUCUUCAGUUUGAAACCAUGAUGAGUCUCGCCAGGCAUCCAAGUGCAGGUAAUGGCCUCCUUUAUCACGUUUGGCACCAGAUAAUCAACUUAAAUGGUGUCGACACAUCCACAGAAUGUAGAGAGAUGGAGAUUCAACUUGACAUGCUUACCUACGACAUUUCAAAUGGACACUGUCUUCUCCGGUUUAUUCUAUCCAUCCGCACUAUACUCGACUGUCUUAAGAAUCGUAUUGCAACUUACAACCUUGCAGCUCGAAAAGCUGUCUUGUAUGAUAGGUUACUUAGGCUACACAUGCACCAGUUCAUUAUCCCAGUAGUUCGACAGAGGCAAAUUGAAGCCUCACAUAGUGAAGAUGCAUUUCUGUCAUCCAUGCUCGAACUUUCGACUAUCCUGACAAAUCAGCACUCAUACUCAUUAGUAACUCAGUCUAAUCCUAACUCAGGUGUUCAUGAGUUGAGUGUCAUAGACCAGACUAAAUCAUUUGACAGUUAUGUUGACACUCCACCCCGCGAUGCCCACGCAACCACGGGACUAGAUGAUUUAGACCCUGAUGACGCAGAUGAAGCUGCAGGUGCAUUUGCUGCUGAUGGCAAUCGACGUACUGGGAGAGAUGGGAAAGGGAGGCAGAAAUUUCGACCCGGUCCUUCAGUCAAUGCUCCCAGUUUGUUCGAUGAUAGAGUUGUAACCGCUGACCAGCAGUAUAAGCGAGAUCGCCAAUCCUUCCUAAAAAGGAGGUCGAAUGAAACUGCUACGACCCCUGGGAUCAGAGAUCGACUUAAAGGUCCUCUACGUCCUGGAAGUGCCCCCAAACCAUCAGGUACUGGAGGCGCCACAGCCCCAAAGGGCACUGCAUCAGGUCCAGCAUCAAGAGAGGAGCUGAUCCAAGCUAUUCGGAAAUUUAAGGACGACCUGAGGACAAUCCGUUCCAAGACGUUUAAAGAAAUCAAACUGAUCAAAGAACUAAACCAGAUAGCACACAAUGCUUUGACUAGUAAUCGCCAAAACUCAAAAGUAAAGGCAAACGCCUUACACAUGGCUCAUGAACUGACACAACACCUUAUUGACCGUGCAGUGUUUAUCACAGUCAGGGGAGGAAUCGAACUAGGUUCCCCGUUUGAAAUCUCAUCCGCACUCUAUAACACUUUAUCAAGCUUCGUAACAGCUGGACUCAAGUGGUUAAAUAAUCAUUUUCCACAGAACCUCCUAAUUCUCGAUUCAGGUAUUCUUCACUUAAUCAGAUGGAUAGUCGUACCAUCGUUUUUCAACCACAUCGAACUUGCCUCCCAGGACACUUUUGAGCGAAAUGGCUGGACUGUUAGUUCAUCCAAAGACUCUAAAUUCAUGUACAGAGCAAAUUCUGCCACAGCGCGCCUGUCUUCCAAGGAACUAACCGACCCUAGCAAGCUAUCUAAAGUUACUAAUUGGAUUAAAAUUCAGAGGCAAACUAAUGGGUUGAGAACCAUCAAGUGUGUAGAUCCUUCACAAUUCACUAGAUUCGUGGACUCUGCUACAGGGGGAGAAAUCCCCAAAGAAGCCAUUUACGACCCGGAUAAGCUGCUAAAAUACUGCACCCCUCUAUCCAAGAAACAACGCCGUAGCAUCAACAACUACUGCGGGACCUUCCUAUCAAUGCACUCCACAUCAUUACUAAACCCGCAGGAGUUUAACCUCUGCGGCGAUGGUCCCAGCGACCCCAACUUAGGUUUUUACGAUAUUCGUGUCGUGAACAAAGACCUUGAAAACAAGACACUUGUUUUCCCAGCUUAUGAUCUAUUAGUCUAUACUGCCCCAUGCUACAGAAAUACGCCACUGAGACUGGAAAAUGACUUACCUGUCCCUACAAGAGCUGUCAAGCUAACUAGCCCGAACCAUGUUCUAAAUGAACAUGUUCCUACACGUCCCGAGUGUCAUGACGAACACGACAGUCUAAUGGAAUUCUUCUCUAGCGCAGGAUACAACACAGCAACCAACAUGUUGGAUGCAUGCAAUGUCGGCGACCGGACCUCCAGGUUCCGGUGGUUCUGCCUGGCCAGUAAGAAAACAAUUACGUCUUUUGAUGUAUGUAGGGUGAGUAAGAUGAGUGUUCAUCCAAAACCCAUGGAAGACAUUUUGGAGGAAGAAAAUGCUGAGAUGUCAUAUAAGAAGGAUACAGCCAAGCAAUUUGUGCCCGGCACCGUAUCGAACCUUUUCCAGCGUUUCAAAUCAGGCCAAUAUAAGUGCAAAUCUGUGCUUCCACAUGAGAAUGCCUUUGUCUGUGUCCUACUGUCUUGGAUACAUGGUAAAUCCACAAAAGGUUGCAUCCCUGAAUUUGGCAUUGCUGACAACGGCGACAUCAAUUUGACGAAUAGCUCGUCCAACGGCUCUGCUGUAGCGUAUAUCUACUCAUUAUUACUGCGCCAAUUCCCCGGGGCCUCUGUGUCGCUUCGCUGCAGCUUCCAGCUGCUGUAUCAGCGCGACCCUCCCCAAUGCGAUGUGUAUUUUGGCGCCCGUACUGGCGAUCAGGGAAUAUACUUCGCCUGUAGCCUCUCCCACUCUUCGUCUUCUGUCUCUCGCCAGCAGGUAGUCGACGCAAUGAAUGCAAGGCCGCGGAGCGCGCGCCUUGCACCCGGGGGAGAAAUCCUAUUUGAGGAUGCUAUGAACUACCUGCGUUCACACGUCAGGGCAACUCUUUGUCAUAGCCAUAGCCGUUUUCACACUGGCGAUCCGUACUUAAACAAGAAGAAGGGUACUACAGGUUAUCUCACAUCUGGUCCGGCACCCACCAUCACCAGCAUGAAAGCCCUAACGCGCCUGUCCAUAGAUAUUUCACCACAGUUUAUGCUCACAGCAGUGUACCUCACUGUAUGUACACACAUACUCGGAGGUGAUAUGUCAACACACAGCCUGUCCGCUUUCCUACAUAUACAUGCUCGACCACUGAUGUGUUUGGGUGCUCAUACUGAACUAUCUUCUUCUGACGUAAGGGAUAACAUCUCAGACAGCAGGAAACACCGCAAGAAGAAGCAUGCACCCAAAGCGCCUACUUCAGGAUGGCGCCCAUGUCCAUCCCCAACGUCUAAGGAAUAUGCCGAUUCCAAGUGGCAUGAAAAUGAAACCAAUCAUCUACCUGGUGAAGCUGGAAUGAUUGAUAUCUGGUACUCUCCAGUCCAGUCCAGAAAUGGACAUCAUAAAUAUGUCCUCAUAUUCGUUUGCAUCUCAUCAGGCCUAGUAAUUGAUAUCCCUAUGAAGAAGCUGGACACCUACAGUUUCAUGGACGCUAUGCACGACAUUUACAACCAGCUUCAUCUUGACUUUGGAGUCAAACUGAAAUUGGUUGUGUCCGACUCUUUUUCAUCUUUUGUUGAGCAAAGGAAACUACUCAGGUUUAAGUUACAGCUACAACUGGAGAUCGAGCCACUGCCCCCAUAUCUACAUAAUUACAAUUACGCAGAAAAUUACAUCAAAAUUGUUAGGAACGCGGCAGUUUGCCUGUGUGAUAAACCAAACUUCCAGCGCAAGUAUACUGCGUAA